AAGAAAGAAAGAAAUAUAAAUGUUAGAACAAAACGAUUGGAAAUAAUUGACAUUGCACAACAUGCUGUUUCACUUAUAUGGGAACUGCGAGGUUCUGAUGAAAACCUUAGAGAUAAAGUAUGUAACUCGUGUUUUAACUAAAGAAUAAUGUAAACUCAUUUUCAACAAUGGCCUCGUGUGGAUUAAUGCCUAUUACCUGCAUGAUGUAUGCUAUUUUCUAUUGCAAUAGUUGGCAAUUUAAUUGAACAACGUUUUUAAAAUAGUAUUUAGCUUAUUUCUUAAACAUCACUACUUUUGGCCAUUUCGUCCACGUUAGGGCGUAAGGUUAACUUAACUCAAACGCGGUUUUAUUUGCAUUAUUCUUGUCGAUUCAACUGUAAUUGUAGUCAUUCUAAUCACACUUUAAUAUGUAAAUGUACAAAUGGUCAUUUUAAGCAAUAAUCAGUGGGAUGUGUCUUUUGGGUAGCUUUACUAUUUGCCACAUUUAAGACAAAUCAUGAUCUGACAUUUCAGAAUAUGAAUAUUUAAAAGGAUGGGUUUGACAGCCAAGCACACCUCUUUAGAUUCUGCCGGCAGCUGCUAUUAUCGAAUCACCUUUACCGCCAACUUUCCACUCCUGAGACAGUCUCUGACUGCCUUAAUGAGUUCUACCAUUGUGUGGCGUCGUUUCUGUAAUGACUUUAGUCAUUGAAGAAGAACGUUAUACCCCCUUAUAGUUAGAAGUGAAGCCAUGACAUACAAUCGAAGGCGUACAUUUAUGAGUACCGUUCAUUUUAGCAUAAAAAUCUAAACGCUAGGCUACUGCACUAAAACAUUGAACAUGUGUUUAGAGUGGGUAUAGGCAACGGCUCUAACCUAUCUGCCUAGUUCCCGAUAAUUUACAGUGGGCUAUGUUUUGAUAGCGUAAAUGAGUAUUCAAUUUCAUUUCAAAUACAGUCCUGCUUCAAUGGAUGAAUUUUUACAGAAAACGAAAUGGUUUUACUGCAUCAUUGUCAGGUGUGGGGGUUCGAUAGGCUAACCGGAAUGAUCAUCAAAACCAAAACAACCUUUAUUUUAUCGUCGGAUAAGCCAAAGGUGUACCAGGGUGUGCGGGUGAAGACAACCGUUAAACAGUUGCUGCAACAGAAAAGAGCUCUCCAGACAUCAACUAAAACGGUUAUAAUGAAAUCCCAGAGCUUGGUGAGUCAGGAUGUGUGCGUCUCCUCCUCCUUGUCAGGCCAUUACUUUGAUUAUUUCCCUGAAGAGAUGAAUUCCAACUGCAUCUUUCAGCCGCGGGCCAUUCCAGAGAGCAACGUCCAGAUGGACAGCUUCGAUAAUCAACAAUUGAUAAGCAUGAUGAUCCCCAACGAGACCUACAGCAGUGGUAUUCUGCAUCCCGCUACCUCAACAAAACUUUGGCGCCAGGAAAAUCACUCCCCGAAUAUGGGCUAUUACGGCCAUGGCAUGGCUCCCAGCUCACCGUUAGGUUCCCUGAAUAUGCCAAGUCCGGUCGAUUACAAUAGUUAUUCGCCACAGGAGUCUUACUCUUCGUCGUGUUACAACUCUCCGACGAGGCUGGACUUGAGUUAUGGGUUUAUUCCAGACCACUACCACUACCAGAACUGCAACCUCCAGGAGAGCGUCUCCACUCCAGAAUACGCACCGUAUGGCACAUCAGACUAUGUAUACGCCUCGCCUGCGGAGGACAGCUACUUCAGGCGUGAUUUGUCCAAUUCAGAGCUGUGCUACCUUUGAAAAUGUAUUCGGUCUUUGUUGUCUGUGUAAAUACAGUAUAAUUUGCAGUCAAAACAAUGUCUGUAACUCGAAGUCAGAAGUUGACACUUGUGGCAUUUGUUUUGAGAUGUAGGCCUGCUUUGCAUUUCAGUGUUUGCGGUCGAAGUUUCCUCCGAGUUUCUGUUUUUGAUAUGAUUGGAAUAAUGGUUUUAGAAUUCCCGAGUUUGGAUAAAUGUUGGAUAUGUGUGGG